UUGUGUUACAUAUCUUACUCUAAAUCGUACUGCUUACUGAUCUUGAAAGGGUUUAAAAAAAUCGUGUAACAAAACCAGUUAAAUAUAUCGAUAAAUAAAGAUCCAAAAGAUAGAUUGAAGCCUUGCCAGCACUCACUACCUCUGCCAGUCCUCGUUGCAGUGCACCCCCUUCUCUUUCUUUGCUUUACUUCGCUUUGCUUAACAUAUUUUCUCUAUCUCUCUCUCUUGCCCUGAAAUAGAGGAAGAAGAGAAGUUUAAUGUGCAUUCACAGCCUGUGGAUACCUCUCUCUGUCUCUCCCUUUCUUCAAAACUGAGCCUUUUGUUUUUGUUUUUCUUCAGAAAGAGAGAGAAAAACUGAGACGACACCAUUUGUUUUUGCUCUCAUUUUUUUCUGUUAGAAAAGCCCCAAAAGAAAGAACAAAGACUGACCUUUUGUGGGGAUUUAUUAUAAAUUCUUCUUCUUCUUCCUCUGUUUUUUCUUCAGAUCUAUUUCCAACCCUUCUUUCCCUUUCUUUUUGUUUCCACUAUUGUACUCUUCUGUUUGUUGUUUUUGAGCAUAAGAGAAAAAAAUGAGUAAAGAAGAGUUUAUGAAGAUCCAGACUUGUGUUCUCAAAGUUAACAUACACUGUGAUGGAUGCAAGCACAAAGUGAAGAAAAUCAUGCAAAAAAUUGAUGGGGUUUACACAACCAGCAUAGAUUCUGAGCAAGGUAAGGUAACAGUCUCAGGAAAUGUAGACCCAGCGGUUCUCAUCAAGAAGCUUGCAAAAUCAGGGAAACAUGCAGAGCUUUGGGGUGCUCCAAAAGCUAAUAACAACAACCAAAACCACCUUGCCAACCAGUUCAAGAACAUGCAGCUUGAUAAUGGCAAAGGUGGAAACAACAACAGAGGAGGCCAAAAAGGCAACAACAACAACAACAACAACAACAAUAACCAUAAUAACCAGCACAAAGGAGGCCAGCCAACCCCUCAACAGCUGCAGCAACUUCAACAGCUUCAGCUUCAGCUUCAGCUUCAGCAGCUUCAACAAAUGAAAGGGUUACCAGAUCUGCAGCUAACUCAAUUGAAAGACAUGAAGAUUCCUCCUUUCAACCAAAACAACAAUCAGAAAGCUGUCAAGUUUGCUGAGGAGGAAGAUUUUAGCGACGAUGUUUAUGAUGAUGACUUGGAUGAUGAUUAUGAUCUUGAUGAUGAUUAUGAUCUUGAUGAUGAGUUGGAUGAUCCUCACCAUCCUCUUAACAAGAUUAAGCCCAUGAUGGGAAAUGCCCCUAAAGGAGUGCCCAAUAUGAUGAUGCUGAAUGGCAUGAUGAAUGGUAAUCAUCCUCAGCUCAUGAACACCCAAAAGGGUGGCCGAAGUGCUGCUGCAAAUGCUGGAGGCAAUGGUAAAAAAGGAGGUAACGGUGGAGGUGCUGGUGGCAAUGCUGUGCCUGUUCAGGUUCUUACUGGCGGUGGUAAUAAUGAGGGUAAAAAUGGAAAUGGAGGUAAAAAAGGUGGUGCCGGAAAUGAUAAUGGGGGAAAUCAAAAUCAAGGCGGUGGUGGUAAAAACGGUGGUAAAAAUGGCGGUGGUUUAACUCAGGCGGUAAAAACUGGUAACAAUGGUGGUGGUGGGGCAAACAAGAAUGGUGGUAAUAAUGGUGGUGCAAAUGGUGGCAAUGGGGGGAAAAAGGGAAAUGAUGGUGCCCCUAAUGGUAUUAAUGAUGGAUUCCCUAACAUGGGUGGCCCCACGGGUGUUAAUAUGGGUCAUCAGAUGGCUAAUAUGAACACGGCUAUAGGCCAAAUGGGCAGCUUACCUAUGAGCCAAAUGGGCCAAAUGGCUAACAUUCCAGCAGUCCAAGGCUUACCGGCGGCUGCAAUGAACGGUGGUGGUGGUGCUGCUGGCGGCCGGUACUUCCAAGGGGCUGGUCCAGAUUUAAUGCCUGGUAACCCGUACCAUCAACAACAGUAUUUGGCAGCCAUGAUGAACCAACAACGUGCAAUGGGAGGAAAUGAGAGGUUUCAGCCCAUGAUGUAUGCUAGGCCACCCCCAGCAGUCAAUUACAUGCCCCCAUACCCAUACCCGUACCCCUACCCACCGCCUCAACCCGACCCGUAUACCCACUUCUUUAGUGAUGAGAAUACCUCAAGUUGCAAUGUGAUGUGAAGAUUUGGAUUUGGGUCAGAAAGUUUGACCAAGUUUGUGGUGGUUCAGUUAUAGUUCAAGAACUAGAAGCUUGAUGCCCUAAUAUACAUGGAAAUGGGUUUUUAUUUUAGUUUACUUUUCCCUCACUUUUUUAUAAUCGUUUGCAAUUUUCUUCUCUUUCUUUUUUAUAAUCCCAAGUUGAAUUGGGGUUUUAAUUAUCAAAGGGGUAUUUACAGAUAAUAUAUAUAUAUAUAUAUAUUAAAGUCUUUAGGGGAGAAAAUGAUGAGAUGUAAGUGAGAAUUAGUGGUGGGCUUUACCUUUUUUAUGAGAAUGUUUAUAUAUGUUUAUAUGUUGCAAAACAAAUAAGAUUAAAAAAGAGGAUGAGAAAGGGUGGUUAACCAAAAAUGCCCAUUUUUCUCCCCAUUUCUCUCCCAAUGUCUCCUAAUUAAAGCAUUCUCAUGUGCUUUCGCCUUGUUUUUAUCUUUAUUUAUUUCCAAUGUCACGUUAUGCAAUUCUUCUUGUUUGUUUCAGUUUGUGCUUGAAAUGGUGUGUGGAGUCUUGUGAAAGAGUGGGGCUCA